GCCAUUAUCACUGAGAACCAUUCCAUGCUCUGCUGCUCUUUGACAUGUUGAGGAUUUACACAAAUCAAUGUUAGCCUUACGGAUUUAAAUAUUUAUUUUUCUACUUAUUAAUGGAAAGAAAAGACUGAGAGCCGGCUUCAGGUCGCACGCAGAGCCGCCGAAAUCCGCCGGAAGUGCCGGUGUCAGAGCUGCAGGUUGCUGUGAUGGUGGACUAUGAAGCUAAAGCUAAGGCGGUGGCAGACUGCCUGCUGAGCUACCGGAGGGAUGAGUCCGGCUGGAAGGUCUGCCGGAAGUCGAACGAUGUGGUCGUUUCUUGGCGUCCUUCUUCUGAGUUCCCAGGGAACGUCUAUAAGGGGGAGGGCGUUGUCAGCGGCCGUCCUGAGAAGGUGUGGGAGUGUCUGAAACCAGUUCCUAACGGGCUCCGGGUCAAGUGGGACAGCAACGUGAAGAGGUUUGAGCUGCUGGAGCAGAUUAUGGAGGAUGUUUCCGUCUGCCGGACUGUCACGCCCUCGGCCGCCAUGGGCAUCAUCGCGCCGCGUGACUUUGUGGAUGUCAUCUUAGUGAAGCAGUAUGAAGAUGGCAGCAUUUCCUCUAACGCGACCAACGUGACUCAUCCCAGCUGUCCCCCCCAGCCUGGCUACGUCAGAGGGGCCAACCACGCCUGUGGCUGCAUCUGCAUCCCCGUCUCAGGGGAUCCAGGCAGAACUCAGGUGAUGACUUUUUUCCAGACAGACCUGGGCGGCCUCCUUCCUCGCUCUGUGGUCGACUCCUUCUUCCCUUCCAGCAUGGCCGAGUUCUACAACAACCUGGCCAAGGCCGUCCGAUCUCUGAGGGACCUUUGAGGUCCACAGCCUGGUUCUGGCUCUGGUUGGCCACCCAUCAUCCCACACGGUCCAAUCAAAGAUGGAGCAUACUGACAAACUGAUGCCAAAUAUCUCACUGUUGUUGAUUCUGUACAUGUUGGUUAAUCUCUGAGCUGUUAGAUGAUCAGUUAAUGUUUAACACUGAGGUCAAUGGUCAUCAGAGAGCUACACUGACAUUCCAGCACUUUUUCAGCCCAGAUCCAGAGUUUAGUCAUUUAAGAAGAAAAAGUGGAAGCCCAGCUGCUCUGAUGAACAGCGGGCCAAAAGGUAUUCAGUCAGCCACUGACUCUACAACCUCUCCUACUUAAUCAGAGAGGUCCGUAAUUUCCAUCAUAGGUACACAUCAGCUAUCAGAGACGAUGUGGAAAGAAAAAUCUAGGAAAUCAGAUAGAUUUAUUUGUAAAUUAUGGUGUAAAAUAAGUAUUUGGUCAAUAACUAAAGCUAUUGUUGUAACCUAACCAUUGUUGGCAGUGAUAGAGGUCACUGGAAGUCUUCACCAGACACACUGUACCUGGUAUUUUGGCCCAUUCCUUCAUGCAGAUCACCUCUAAGGGCAGUAAUGUUUCUGGGCUGUUGCUGGGCAACAUGGGCUUUCAACUCCCUCCACAGAUAUUCUAUGGGAUUGAGGUCUGGAGACUGGCUAGGCCACUCCAGGACCUCAAAAUGCUUUUUACGGACCCUCUCCUUCGUUUCCCGGGCGAUGUGUUUGGGAUCAUUGUCAUGCUGGAAGAUUCAGCCACAUCUCAUCUUCAAACCCUUUGUUCCCAGCUCUCUGCAGGUCAUUCAUCAGGUCACUCAUUUUUGCUCAUCGUUCUCAUGAUCAUUUGGACACCACAGGAUGAGAUCGUGCGUGGAGCCCCAGAUCCAGGGAGAUUAUCAGUGACCUUGUAUGUUGCCCAUUUUCUUACAGUUGCUCCAGCAGUUGAGUUUUUUCACACCAAGCUCCUCACCUAUUGUAGAUUCACUCCUCCCAGCCUGGUGCAGGUCUAUAAUGUCCUUCCUGUAGUUGUUCGACUGCUCUUUGGUCUUGGCCAUGGUUGAGUUUGGAGCGUGACUGUGGACAGGUGUCUUUUCCACAGAUAACGGGUUCAAACAGGUGCCAUUAAUACACCAAAGGAGUGGAGGACAGAAGAGCUUAUAAAAGAAGAAGGUCUGUGAGAGCCAGAAAUCUUGCCGUUUUGUGGGUGACCAAAUGCUUAUUUUCCAGCAUAAUUUUCAAAAAGAUAAUUUCCUGGAAUAUGUUUUUUUCAUUUUGUCUCUCAUAGCUGAAGUGUUCCUGUGAUGGAAAUUACAGACCUCUUUCAUUAUUCUAAGUAGGAGAACUUGUACGAUCAGUGGCUGACUAUCCCACUGUAUGUGAUGAGUGCCUUCAUUCAGACGGAGGUUGUCCUCAUUUCAACGCACUUUGAAUUGGUCAUUAUUAAAUAAUCCCUAAACUAGACUAGUCCUCUAUCCUUCACCAGAGACCAUGUUAGACUGGUCCUCUGUCAUUCACCAGAGACCGCGUUAGACUGGUCCUCUGUCCUUCACCAGGGACUGUGUUAGAUUGGUCCUCUGUCCUACACCAGAGACCAUGUUAGACUGGUCCUCUGUCCUUCACCAGAGACCAUGUAAGACCGGUCCUCUGUCCUUCACCAGAGACCUUGUUAGACUGGUCCUCUGUCCUACACCAGAGACCGUGUUAGACUGGUCCUCUGUCCUUCACCAGAGACCGUGUUAGACUGGUCCUCUGUCCUUCACCAG